UGUGUAUAUUUAUCAUACAGAAAAUGUGUUUUGUGUUCAAGUGCCUAUAUUUAAAAUUCGCAUGUUAACCUAUUGAUUAGUUUUGGUUAUUUAUUAUUGACAUAAACUAUUUUUUUUGCAACUGUAAAAUACACUAAAACCUUUGCAACCAUAAUGCUAAAGACUACAAAUGUGUAGAGCAUACAGAACUGCACACUAUUCGGGAGCAUAGCAGACGUAUAUGGCUAUAAAUAGAGCUGUUGCAAUGUCUGUUCCAGGGAAACAACUCUUCUUGUACCUGGGAGUGUUGUGUAUAUUUUGUUUGAUCAUUCAGGAGAUUUACCAAACAACUCAGGCCUACAAAAGGCGUUUGAAUCACGUGACCACAUCAAUAGAUGCUUCAAAGGAACUGAAUCAUGACAGAGGGGAUGAAACUGGAAGACAAAACACAGGUGAUGAAACAGAAGGCCAAGACACAGAUGAUGAAACAGAAGGCCAAGAUACAGAUGAUGAAACAGAAGGCCAAGACACAGGUGAUGAAACAGAAGACCAAGACACAGGGGAUGAAACAGAAGGCCAAGACAUAGGAGAUGAAACAGAAGACCAAGACACAGAAGAUGAAACAGAAGACCAAGACACAGAAGAUGAAAUAGAAGGCCAAGACACAGAAGAUGAAAUAGAAGGCCAAGACACAGGAGAUGAAACAGAAGACCAAGACACAGAUGAUGAAACAGAAGGCCAAGACACAGAUGAUGAAACAGAAGGCCAAGACACAGAAGAUGAAACAGAAGGCCAAGAUACAGAAGAUGAAACAGAAGGCCAAGACACAGGACAUGAAACAGAAGGCCAAGACACAGGACAUGAAACAGAAGGCCAAGACACAGGACAUGAAACAGAAAGAUACAAAAAUUCUGGAGAUCUUAUUUCAGGGAAUAAAAAGGAAAAUGUAAGGAUUAAAAAUAACAAUAGUUUAAUUUUGAUCAACAAUUAUGCACAAAGUUCGACACCGAAUGUUAAUCAAAGUUCCACUGCUCAGAGUGAUGAGGACUAUGAAAUCUCGGCUGUUCAGAACUACAAUGAUCCAUAUAAAGUUGAAAAACUGAGACUCUCACAAUCUCCUUACAUUUACAAUGAGGAUGUGGAGAACGAAAGAAUCAAAAAGUCAAAAUCACAAACAACUGUCCUCAGUGUAUUUGCCGCGGUUGAAGGAGUUUCUAGACAAGGUUUCCAAAUGUGUGCUUACGACCACUGUCAGUUUGUUGACAACAUAACCCGCGCUGACGCUGUCAUCUUCUCUGCCUCGUACAUUAGAGGUAAUCGCAUGCCGGAGUACAACAGAUCAAGUAACCAGAGGUGGUUAAUGUACACCUACGACCCAGCAGUCAAAACAUAUGGCCUGGCUCGAGAUGACGUGGGAUCUAAAUUUAACUUGACUCUCACCUACCAACUGGACGCAAGUUACCCGCUAGUCUUUGGCCAGCUGCGGAGGCGGAAGCUUCCGGAAAAAGAUUAUGACACUCUCAAGAGCCCCUUCAAGGAAUGA